CCUUACCUUUCAACCGACUGCACUCCUACACAAGCGUUAUACUCCCAAGAACUAUCCGCGACAGGGGUGUUGCUAUAAUCUUCUGCAGCUGGUCUCUUAUGUGUUUCCCCGACGACUUCAGACAAACGUGGUGAAGUGUCUCAUAUGCAUUAUAAUUAAACUGGCUAUUCGGCCAGGAAAAGUCACUACGUGGGGGUCCCCGCCAAAACUUGGGCUUGCACUGCUCACGGCGACUGCGUUCGUGUUCACACAGCUUCCACUCCUUAAGCCCUCUUCUAUAGGCUGCUGCUAUCCAUCAUCAUUGCUUAGCAGAGGGUACCCAACGGGCGCAGUGACCCCACCGGCACCACAGCCACCGCGCGCCGGUGUUAGCGCACGUGGGCGCGGUGGGUCCCCGAGCCACUAAGCCAUGGCGUUUGAGAUCAAGGUGAAGAAGUGGCACGCGGUGGCGGCAUGGACGUGGGAGGCGGACGACGUGUGCGGCAUUUGCCGGGCGCCCUUUGACGGCUGCCCGCCCGAAUGCAAGUACCCCGGCGACGACUCUCCAGUGGUGUGGGGCGCCUGCCAGCACGCCUUCCACCUGCAGUGCAUCCAGAAGUGGCUGUCCUCGGCGGCGGAGCAGAAGUGCCCCAUGUGCCGGCAGGCCUGGGAGUACAAGCGCGCCGCGGAGUGAGCGUGCGCCGCGCGCGUGUUUGCAGCAGGGUCAGGCAGCGGGCGAGGGAGAGAGGGAGGGAGCAGGCGUAGAGGGAGGGGGAUAGGGAGAGGUAGGCGGAGAGAGGGGAGAAGAAAAUAGGGCCAUGGGGGUUCGAGCGGGAGCGUCUAAGGAACGGGAGAAGGAGGCGAUUGGCACGUGACAGGGCGGGCGGGCGGAGCCAAGCGGAUUGGUCUGCACGGUGCCGUGGCAUUGCGAGUCGCUAAUGGGCAUUAGGCGCCGGUAGCGAGGCCCAGAGAGGUGGAGCGUGCGCCGAUGCGGAGUGGGAGAUACCGUAGUCCUGCUGUGCGGACACUGUGUUGGUCUGAACUAUGGAUGUGGCGCGUUGGUGUCAUGCAGACAACCUUCACACGAACUAAUACACCCCAGCUCUUUAUGUGGCGUGGCGGUGUGUAUCAUGAUGACACGCGUACUGGGACUGCAUCUAUGUGUCCGGGCGCCUGACUGCCAGCUUGCACACUCCGUUUGUCGUGCGGGGUGUGUGGCAGCGCAUGCGCAUGUGAGAUGGAUCGCAAUGGCCACGUGUGAUGUGGGUCGCUCUGCGAGGUCAUGACAGCCUGUGAAGGCCUGGAACGGGCAGGUAGGGAUUGCUGGAUGGGGCGAGGGGCCGCGGCGCCCUGCGAUUGUGCGAUAGGACAGGAGAGGUGUAAGGUCGUGCGUAAUGCAGUGCGGGAGGGACGACGUCAGGGGCACGUGCGUCAGAGGUGGCAGGAGGCGAAAUCAGUUGUCGCAGAAAGAAGGCGUAGCAAGCAGCGAGUGGGCUGGACCGUUGGAGACAUGCGUCUCCUGCAUAUCGUGCGGAGUCGUGCUAUUGGCUGCGUGACAGUGUGGCUCUGGCAGAUGGCCGGAUGUACGUGUGUCGUCACUGGCUGUUCGCCAAUUGGCUGGUUUCGGGCUUCCGAUUUCGGUGAGUGAUGGUCAAGGAGUGACUGAUUGUCAACGCGGUGUGAGUCUCAAGAACUGUGAUGUA